CCACCUCUACCUGCCUUACUUUCUCUCUCCAUAUUAUCCACAUCUCCCUCUCGCCUACUCAAAACCACCAGAUUUUCCUUUUAUAUUAUAUUUUAUUUGUUUUUGGAUUGACAAAAAUCAGAUAUAGAUUUAUCGAGGUUUAGAGGGAGAAACGUUUCGGUAAAAACACUAACACUAGUCACAGUCGCACUCCCUUGCUCCACAAAGAACAAACGUCCAUGGCAACAUAGCUACUUUGCUCUCUCUCUUCUUCUUCUUCUUCCAAAUACCGCGGAAAUGGCUCUUCCCCAGCUCAUUCCCUCAUCUUCUUCUUCUCUACACCAUAAACCCACCUUCAACCCCAAUCCCAUCCCCUACCCCUUAAACCCUAACCCUAAUUUCCUCUCUCCCCGUCUUCGCCGCAGCCACCACCACCGCCGUCAAAGACCGGGUUCUCUGAAAUGCUCGGCCUCGUCCUUCUCUGAGAGGCACCCCACCAAUCAGCCCAAGUCAGACGACGUCGUCGAGCUCCCGCUCUUUCCUCUGCCUCUGGUGCUCUUCCCCGGCGCAAUCUUGCCCCUGCAGAUCUUCGAGUUCCGGUACCGUAUGAUGAUGCACUCUCUCCUCCAGACCGAUCUCCGCUUCGGCGUCAUCUACAGCGACGCCGUUUCGGGCACCGCCGACGUCGGCUGCGUCGGCGAGAUCGUCAAGCACGAGCGCCUCGUGGACGACCGCUUCUUCCUCAUCUGCAAAGGCCAAGAGCGUUUCCGAGUCACCGACCUCGUGCGCACCAAACCCUACCUAGUGGCGGAGGUGAAGUGGCUCGAAGACCGCCCGUCGAACGACGGCGAAGAAGACCUGGAGGCAUUGGCGAACGAGGUGGAGUCGUACAUGAAGGACGUGAUUCGGUUGUCGAACCGGUUGGGAGGGAAGCCGGAGAAGGAUGUGCAGGACCUAAGGAGGAACCUGUUUCCGACACCGUUUUCGUUCUUCGUCGGGAGCACGUUCGAAGGGGCGCCGAGAGAGCAGCAGGCCUUGCUGGAAUUGGAGGACACGGCGGCGAGGUUGAAGAGGGAGAAGGAGACUCUGAGGAACACGCUUAAUUACUUGACGGCGGCUUCGGCCGUCAAAGACGUCUUCCCGUCGACGUGAAAAAUUCGCUGAAUUUGUGAUUGUUGUGCGGGAGAGGAGAGCGUUUUGAGGUAUAAAAAAUGCCCCAACUUGCCAUAGCAAAGCAAACAACUUGUAAAAUUUUCAAUUUUGCUCUUUCUUAAUUUCUAGAUUUUUUAGAUAUAUUCUUAAUUAUAAGUUGAAUUUGCACAUACUUGGAAAGUUUAUAAUGGGAUUCUUGUGUGGUGAUCUCCUGUACUUUUCUUCUCUGUCAUCUCAUCUCAUCAGCAAUUAGGAACUCAGAAAACCCAGCAGAACUGAAGGAUUUCCAUCUGAUUUAAUUUGACGAAAUGGCAAGGAUUGAUCACACAGUCCAUUGUUGUUGCAAAAAUCAGUAUGUAUUGAGAAGAUAUUACAUAAUCAUCAAAUGAAUGGGUAUUUGUGAGUGCAA